AUGUCAACUCUUCUAUCCGGAGUGGGUCGUACUUGGGUAGCUUUGCGGGCGGAUGAUCCCAAAAAUCAACCUGAGCUUUCGCGUGCUGUCAAACCCCUUUUGGAUUCUCUCGUAAUUCGGCUUGCUACUCUUGGUUCAAACAUUCAAAGGCAGCGCAUAUGCGCAUCCGUUACCCAAAACAAGUCUUCUGGUAUAGCUGGACCACCAGGUCCAAUCUCGCCUCUCCUCAGUCCAAACAUGAGAGCUCAGCUAAAUUCAAAUGUUUUCUUCCCACUAUUGGCCUGUAUAGAUCCAUGGGCUUUAGGUCAAUCGCGCCUCGGUCUAAAGCCAUUAUCGGCCCGAGAACUCCUUAGGCAAUUGAUCAACUCGUAUUUAGCAGAAAAUCAGGCUUCGGCUGCCGGAGCCGAAAUUCCAUUGCCGAAAUUACUGCGGCAGCACUUAAACGUCUUUAAUUCUCAGUUGCCGAAAAAUGUAAGCCAGCCACGAACAGGAACGGAAUCUGGUUAUCAAACUACACCAUUUUCUCUCUAUAUUCCACUAGUCAAGCCUGCACUUGCUGGGACAAGUCGUUUGGCCAGUAUUAAGAGAAAAUUCAGACAAAUAAGCCAAUCAUGA